AUGGCCGCCGUACGCAUCUGCGUCUGCGGUGAUGAAAGCACCGGCAAAUCGAGCCUCAUCGCUUCUCUCGUAAAAGAUCAAUUUGUCAACAACAAAAUUCAACCCGUCCUUCCUCAAAUCACUAUUCCUCCUAGUAUUGGCACUCCCGAGAAUGUCUCAACAACUAUCGUCGAUACCUCAGCUCGCCCGCAAGACCGAACUACAUUGCGCAAAGAGAUCCGAAAGUGCAAUGUCAUCCUUCUCGUCUAUGCCGAUCAUUACAGCUACGAAAGAGUAGCACUGUUCUGGAUGCCAUAUUUCCGAUCCCUCGGCGUCAACGUUCCCGUCGUCUUAUGCGCCAACAAAUCCGAUCUGGCUGGUCAGGGUACCACACCCCAGGUAGUCGAGGAGGAAUUAUUACCUGUGAUGGCUGAAUUCCGCGAAAUCGAUUCUUGCAUCCGUACCAGCGCUCGAGACCAUCGAAACGUGAACGAAGUCUUUUUCCUUUGCCAAAAAGCUGUAACUCAUCCAAUUGCCCCUCUAUUUGACUACAAGGAGGGGCAUCUCAAGCCUCUGUGCGUCGAUGCUCUGAGGCGCAUAUUCUAUCUUUGCGACAAGGACCAGGACGGGUAUCUCAAUGAACAAGAAAUGAGAGACUUCCAGGCACGUUGCUUCGAUAAGCCUUUGACAGCGGACGAUCUAGACAACAUCAAACUCAGCAUCUCGAAAUCGUUGCCCACGUCCGAUUUAGAAAAAGGCAUUGACCUGCCAGGGUUCCUGCAAUUAAACAAGCUUUAUGCUGAGAAGGGACGCCAUGAGACUAUCUGGAUCAUCCUUCGAAAAUAUCACUACACCGAUAGUCUAAGUCUCGAAGACAAAUUUAUCCGACCCAAGUUCGAUGUUCCAGAGUAUUCAUCGGCCGAGUUGAGUCCUGCUGGUUAUAGGUUCUUCGUGGAUCUCUUCUUGCUGUUUGACAAGGACAAUGAUGGUGGUCUUAAUGAUCAAGAGCUGGAGGCUCUGUUUGCCCCAGCUCCAGGGCUUCCCAGUUCCUGGACCGACUCAUCGUUCCCCUCCUCGACCGGUUGGCUGGCUCAGUGGAGUAUGACAACUUUUAUCGAACCCAAGACAACUAUUGAAUACCUUGCAUAUCUUGGGUUUGAGCCUCCGAAUCCCAAAGAUCCCAUCACCGCGGCGCUCAAGAUAACCAAGCCUCGUAAGAGAAGAAGACGUCCUGGUCGAGUUGAGCGUAACGUGGUGCUCUGUUACGUUCUUGGUGCAUCAGGAGCAGGCAAAUCCGCUCUCCUCGACUCAUUCCUCAACCGGCCGUUUGAUGGUCUUUACCAUCCGACUAUCAAGCCACGCCGCGCUGUCAACAGCGUCGAGCUGCCUGGCGGAAAGCAAGUGUAUCUCAUUCUGGAAGAGCUUGGAGAGCUGGAGCCCGCAAUUCUUGACAACCCGGCCAAACUGGAUGCUUGCGAUCUUAUUUGCUACGCCUAUGACUCGUCUGACCCCGACUCGUUCUCGCAUAUUGUUGAUCUGCGGAAUAAAUACACACAUCUUGAUGAGCUCCCCUCGAUUUAUACUGCUCUCAAGGCCGAUAAAGACAAGACCAACCAACGCUGCGAGCUUCAGCCAGACCAAUAUACUGCCUCACUCAACAUGAGCCUGCCGUUACAUGUGAGUGUCACCUGGGGUAGCAUCAGUGAGCUUUUUGUAGCUUUUGCAGAUGCCGCUACGAAUCCUAGUAUCGCUUUCCCCAGGAGCAAUGAGGAGGGGCCUGAUCGAACAAGUUUGUACAUUGCGUUGGGCGCCACGGCCUGCGCAGGAGUUGCUGCUUUGACGAUUUGGCGGCGGGCGACGAAUGCUCUUUAA